AUGUUGCUGCCUUUCACUCAGGGAAAAUUCAUCCCUAACUACAAGUGUGGGGUCCCAAAAACUUUGGCUGCAGUCAUUGGUGGACCUGACAUCGCUCUUUACAUGGCAACUGUAUUGUGCAUCUACAAAGUUCCUCAGGUUCAUUCUUUUCUGAAAAGCAUCAGAUUCAACAACAGUGUUGGUGAAAAGAUCUCCUUUGAUAAAAAUGGAGAAUUCAUUGGUGGAUAUGAUAUUAUCAACUGGAUCACAUUUCCAAACCAGUCUUUUCUUAGGGUCAAAGUUGGAAUGGUAGAUCCCACAGCUCCAGCGGAUGAGUUCUUCAAUAUUUCUGUAGAUUCCAUCACGUGGCCAGUAGGCUUUAAUCAGGCAUUACCUCUAUCUUUGUGUAAUGAUCCUUGUGAGACAGGAUACAGCAAGGCCAAGAAAGAAGGAGAGUCAUUUUGCUGCUAUGAUUGCCAUUUGUGCCCAGAGGGGAAAAUAUCAAAGGAGAAGGACAAGGAUGACUGCUCUCCAUGUCCAGAAGAUCAAUAUCCAAAUCCUGACAAAAAUAUGUGCAUUCCAAAGCGGAUCACUUUUUUGUCCUAUGAAGAACCCUUGGGGAUUAGUCUGACUGUUCUCUCUCUUUGCUUUUCUUUGAUGACAAUUUUGGUAAUAAUAGUCUUCAUGAAACAUAAAGACACUGCCAUUGUGAAAGCAAACAACCGGAAUCUCACCUACACUUUCUUAGUUUCCCUCCUCCUCUCUUUCCUUUGUGUGUUUCUAUUUGUUGGGAGACCUGAUAAUAUUGUGUGCCUCAUUCGACAACCAGCUUUUGGACUGAUCUUUUCUGUGGCAGUUUCUUGUGUACUGGCCAAAACUUUUGUUGUGGUUCUAGCAUUCAUGGCCACCAAACCUGGUUCCAAAUUGAGGAAAUGGGUCGGGGGGAGAAUGAUCAGUUUCAUUCUUCUGUCCUGCUCCCUUGUUCAAAUAUCUUUUUGUGCUGCAUGGCUGAUAACAUCUCCACCAUAUCCAGAUUUUGAUACAAAGUCAAUGUCUGAAGAAGUGAUCAUGGAGUGCAAUGAAGACUCGGUCAUGUUCUACUGUGUUUUGGGCUUUAUGGGUUUUCUUGCUCUGGUUAGCUUCUCUGCUGCUUUUCUAGCUAGGAAGUUACCUGACAGCUUCAAUGAAGCCAAAUUCAUCACCUUCAGCAUGUUGGUCUUCUGCAGUGUUUGGCUGUGCUUUAUUCCAACCUAUCUAAGCACAAGGGGAAAAUAUAUGCUGGCUGUGGAGAUCUUUUCCAUGAUCUCCUCCAGUGCUGGAUUAUUGGUGUGCAUCUUUUUCCCCAAAUGUUUUAUCAUUGUGAUGAGACCUGAACUGAACAAUAAACAUCAGCUCAUGAAAAGAAAGUUGUAAGAAUAAUAUUCUUUAUUUCUCCAUGUUGCAGCUCUUCCCAUUUGCAUAUUUAAACCAGAAAACAAUCUGUAGUUAGAUUGGCCUCCUAUGUUGCAAUUCCUAUUCUUCCCUGGAGAUUUGGGUAGCUCAUAACUUUUUAUUCCUUCUGAAAGGCAAUUAAAAAAAUAAAUAGUACAAAUUGAUUUAUUGAGAUAUU